AUGUCGUCUCAUCAGGUCACAUUUGCUGCCGCUCAGUUGGGUCCUAACCAACGAAGCGACUCACGCGAGAGCGUGCUGUCGCGCAUGCUAUCUCUGCUCGAACAGGCCGUUUCGCAAAGUCCUCCAGCCCAGGUCGUCGUCUUCCCCGAGUUAGCCUUUACGACCUUCUUCCCGCGACACUUCAUUCCCGAUGAUGAAGAGCUGCAAAGCUACUUCGAGGCCGAAUCGCCCGACUCGCAGGUCGAUCAAUCACCAAACGUGAAGCCGUUCUUCGACCACGUCAAGAAGCUGGGCGUGGAUGUCUACGUGGGAUACGCAGAGGCCUGGAAUGGGGGAGAGAAAACAGAAUACUACAACUCGGCCGUCUACUACUCCGGUCGGUCAGGCCAAGUGCUGGCCAAGUACCGCAAGGUCCACCUCCCCGGUGUGUUCGAGCCGUUCCCCGAGCCCGGCGCAACGCAGCAACUGGAGAAGCGAUAUUUCAAGAACGGAAACAGCUUCGAAGCAUUCCGGGUCCCAGGGCUCGUGGGAGACGCGCUGAAGGCGACACCGGACGCGCCCGUCCAAACCGACGGUCGCGGAGACCCCAUCUUCGGUAUGCUCAUCUGUAACGAUCGCCGGUGGCCGGAGGGCUGGCGGGCAUAUGGCCUUCAAGGCGCAGAAGUGGUGCUAUGUGGAUACAACACGACGGCGUACGCGCCGCAACUGCUCGGGAGCGACCUGUACGAAUCGAAGCCAUUGAGCCGGGAGGAAGCCGAGAAGGAAGUCCUGUAUCACAAUCAACUCAGUCUGACGGCCAACAGCUAUAUGAACGCGUGUUUCAGCGUCAACGUUGCGAAAGCGGGCGAGGAGGACGGGCAUCCGCUGAUCGCGGGGACGUGUAUUGUCGACCCCAAGGGAUACGUCGUUGCAGAGGCUCGCACCAAGGGCGACGAGAUAGUGGCUGCCACGUUGGAUUUGAGGAAGUGUCGCGCAGGGAAGACGAAGACGUUUGAUUUAGGACGACAUCGACGACUGGACGCGUAUGGAUUGUUGUUGGAGAGAGCGGGCGUGGAAGAACCGCCUUUGUUGACGUGA